GCCGCCGCGCCGCGCCGCGCACAGCCCCGCCGUCGCCCGCCGCUUGUCGGGCUGCGCCGCGCCGCCGACUCAACUUGGGGCUCUUCCGCUGCUAGCCGCCGCCACCCGCGGUCCCUGCCUGCCCCGGGCCCCGGGCUCUGCCGCCGUGCGCCCUCUCCUCGCCCUGCACCGUCGGCCGGAUCGUGCCUGCGCGGAGAGCAGCCUUUCUCCUCCGACAGGAUCGUCCCUAGCGUGGCUUUCCGUUCCCGGUCACUUUUUGAGGCUUUCGCGGGAGCGCUUAGCAGCUUCCCGGAUUCCUGCGGGACCGGUCGCCGAGCGUGGGGGCCCGUGUGGCGGGCAAGCCGAGAGAGCCUCCCGGCUUAGCGGAGCCUUGCUCGGAAGCAAGAACUUAUUCAACAAGUUUACCCCCCCUGCUUUUCUCUUUUCGAUGUGCGUUUUCGGACAUGCGGAGGUUACUGGAACCGUGUUGGUGGAUUUUGUUCCUGAAAAUCACCAGUUCUGUGCUCCAUUAUGUGGUGUGCUUCCCGGCAUUGACUGAAGGCUACGUGGGGGCCCUCCAGGAGAACAGACAGGGCAGCUCCGUGCAGAUCCGCAGGCGAAAGGCUUCGGGAGACCCCUACUGGGCGUACUCUGGUGCCUAUGGCCCUGAGCACUGGGUCACAUCCAGUGCCAGCUGCGGAGGCAGGCAUCAGUCUCCUAUAGACAUUUUAGACCACCAUGCACGUGUUGGCGAAGAAUACCAGGAGCUUCAACUUGAUGGAUUUGAUAACGAGUCCUCCAACAAAACCUGGAUGAAGAACACAGGGAAAACAGUUGCCAUCCUUCUGAAAGAUGAUUAUUUUGUGAGUGGCGCUGGACUGCCUGGCAGAUUCAAAGCUGAGAAGGUGGAGUUUCACUGGGGCCACAGCAAUGGCUCAGCUGGCUCAGAGCACAGCAUCAAUGGCCGGAGGUUUCCUGUGGAGAUGCAGAUUUUCUUUUACAAUCCAGAUGACUUUGACAGCUUUCAAACAGCAAUUUCUGAGAACAGAAUAAUUGGAGCCAUGGCCAUAUUUUUUCAAGUCAGUCCGAGGGACAAUUCUGCGCUGGAUCCUAUUAUCCACGGCUUGAAGGGUGUCGUACAUCACGAGAAGGAGACUUUCCUGGAUCCUUUUGUCCUCCGAGACCUCCUGCCUGCAUCCCUGGGGAGCUACUACCGCUACACAGGCUCCUUGACUACCCCGCCAUGUAGUGAAAUCGUGGAGUGGAUUGUCUUCCGGAGGCCGGUUCCUAUUUCCUACCACCAGCUUGAAGCUUUUUAUUCCAUCUUCACCACGGAGCAGCAAGACCAUGUCAAGUCAGUGGAGUAUCUGAGAAAUAACUUCCGACCACAGCAGGCGCUGAAUGACAGGGUGGUGUCAAAGUCUGCUGUCCGAGAUGCCUGGAACCAUGACCUCGCAGACUUCUUAGACAACCCACUAGGGACAGAAGCCUCUAAAGUUUGCAGCUCUCCGCCCAUCCACAUGAAGGUGCAGCCCCUGAACCAGACCGCGCUGCAGGUGUCCUGGAGCCAGCCGGAAACCAUCUACCACCCGCCCAUCAUGAACUACAUGAUCUCCUACAGCUGGACCAAGAACGAGGAUGAAAAGGAGAAGACAUUCACUAAGGACAGUGACAAGGACUUGAAAGCCACCAUUAGCCAUGUCUCACCUGAUAGCCUUUACCUGUUCCGAGUACAGGCCGUGUGUCGGAAUGACAUGCGCAGCGACUUCAGCCAGACAAUGCUCUUUCAAGCAAAUACUACCCGAAUAUUCCAAGGGACCAGGAUCGUGAAAACAGGAGUGCCGACAGCCUCUCCUGCCUCUUCAGCAGACAUGGCCCCCAUCAGUUCCGGCUCUUCUACUUGGACAUCCUCCGGCAUCCCCUUCUCAUUUGUUUCCAUGGCAACUGGGAUGGGUCCUUCCUCCAGCGGCAGCCAAGCGACAGUGGCCUCUGUGGUCACCAGCACUCUGUUGGCAGGCCUGGGCUUUGGUGGUGGCGGCAUCUCCUCCUUCCCCAGUACCGUGUGGCCCACACGCCUCCCUACCGCAGCUGCAGCCAGCAAGCAGGCAGGGAGGCCGGUCCUUGCCACCACUGAGGCCUUGGCUUCCUCUGGGCCAGAUGGCGACUCGGCACCUACCAAGGACAGCGAAGGUGCAGAGGAAGGGGAGAAGGAGGAAAAAAGCGAGAGUGAGGAUGGUGAGCGGGAGCAUGAGGAGGAGGAGAAGGACUCUGAGAAGAAAGAGAAGAGUGAGGCGACCCAUACAGCCGCAGAGAGGAACCGGACUGCACCUGCCCCCACUCCCUCUUCCCCCCACAGGACUGUGGAGGAGGGAGGACAUCGGACUAUAGCUGGGCACGGGCAGGACCACUCUAUCCCUGCAACAGACCAGCCGGGCCAUGUUGCCCCGGGCUUGGAUCCCAAUGAGGACGCAGUCACCCAAGUGCCCCCCACCGCCACAGAGGAACAUUAUUCUGGGAGUGAUCCCAGGAGGCCCGAAAUGCCAUCUAAAAAGCCUAUGUCCCGAGGGGAACGAUUUCCCGAGGAUAGCAAAUUCAUCACUGUUAACCCAGCUGAGAAGAACACCUCUGGAAUGAUCAGCCGACCCUCUCCGGGGAGGAUGGAGUGGAUCAUCCCCCUGAUUGUGGUCUCAGCCUUGACCUUCGUGUGCCUCGUCCUUCUCAUUGCCGUGUUAGUGUACUGGAGAGGGUGUAACAAAAUAAAGUCCCAGGGCUUUCCCAGACGUUCCCGUGAAGUGCCUUCUUCUGGGGAGAGAGGCGAGAAGGGGAGCAGGAAAUGUUUCCAGACUGCGCACUUCUAUGUGGAGGACAGCAGCUCACCUCGGGUGGUCCCCAACGAAAAUAUUCCUAUUAUUCCCAUCCCGGAUGACAUGGAAGCCAUUCCUGUCAAACAGUUUGGCAAACACAUCGGUGAGCUCUAUUCUAAUAACCAGCACGGGUUCUCUGAAGAUUUUGAGGAAGUCCAGCGCUGUACAGCCGACAUGAACAUCACCGCAGAGCAUUCCAAUCAUCCAGAUAACAAGCACAAAAACAGAUACAUCAACAUUUUAGCAUACGAUCACAGCAGAGUGAAGUUGAGACCUUUACCUGGAAAAGACUCCAAGCACAGUGACUACAUUAACGCAAACUAUGUCGAUGGCUACAACAAAGCAAAAGCCUACAUUGCCACCCAGGGACCUUUAAAGUCUACAUUUGAAGAUUUCUGGAGGAUGAUCUGGGAACAAAAUACAGGAAUCAUCAUCAUGAUUACAAACCUUGUGGAAAAGGGAAGGAGAAAAUGUGAUCAGUAUUGGCCCAUGGAGAACAGUGAGGAGUAUGGAAGCAUUAUUGUCACACUGAAGAGCACAAAAGUACAUGCCUGCUAUACUGUUCGUCGUUUUUCAGUCAGAAAUACAAAAGUGAAAAAGGGCCAGAAGGGAAACCCCAAGGGUCGUCAGAAUGAGAGGACGGUGAUCCAGUAUCACUACACACAGUGGCCUGACAUGGGAGUCCCUGAGUAUGCUCUCCCAGUCCUGACCUUCGUGAGAAGAUCAUCAGCAGCGCGGAUGCCAGAAAUGGGUCCUGUGCUGGUGCACUGCAGCGCUGGUGUGGGCAGGACAGGCACUUACAUUGUAAUCGACAGCAUGCUGCAACAGAUCAAAGACAAAAGCACAGUUAAUGUCCUGGGCUUCCUGAAGCAUAUCAGGACACAGCGUAACUACCUCGUCCAGACUGAGGAGCAGUACAUUUUCAUCCACGAUGCCUUGUUGGAAGCCAUUCUCGGGAAGGAGACUGAAGUAUCGUCCAGUCAGCUACACAGCUAUGUGAACAGCAUCCUCAUACCAGGAGUAGGGGGAAAGACGCGGCUGGAAAAGCAAUUCAAGCUUAUCACACAGUGCAAUGCAAAAUCCGUGGAAUGCUUCAGUGCGCAGAAGGAGUGUAACAAAGAGAAGAACAGGAACUCUUCUGUGGUGCCAGCUGAGCGUGCUCGAGUCGGACUUGCACCGCUGCCCGGAAUGAAAGGAACAGAUUACAUUAAUGCUUCUUACAUCAUGGGCUAUUACAGAAGCAAUGAGUUCAUCAUAACCCAGCAUCCUCUGCCACACACUACGAAAGAUUUCUGGAGAAUGAUCUGGGAUCAUAAUGCACAGAUCAUUGUCAUGCUGCCAGACAACCAGAGCCUGGCAGAAGAUGAGUUUGUGUACUGGCCAAGUCGAGAAGAAUCCAUGAACUGUGAGGCCUUUACUGUCACCCUUAUCAGCAAAGACAGGCUGUGCCUCUCCAAUGAAGAGCAGAUUGUCAUCCACGACUUUAUCCUUGAAGCUACACAGGAUGACUAUGUACUGGAAGUUCGGCACUUUCAGUGUCCCAAAUGGCCUAAUCCAGAUGCCCCCAUAAGCAGUACCUUUGAGCUGAUCAACGUCAUCAAGGAAGAGGCCUUAACCCGGGAUGGCCCCACUAUUGUUCAUGAUGAGUAUGGAGCAGUUUCUGCAGGAAUGCUAUGUGCCCUUACCACCUUGUCCCAGCAGCUAGAGAAUGAAAAUGCUGUGGAUGUCUUCCAGGUGGCAAAAAUGAUCAAUCUUAUGCGACCUGGAGUAUUCACAGACAUUGAACAAUACCAGUUUGUCUACAAAGCAAUGCUCAGCUUGGUCAGCACUAAAGAAAAUGGAAAUGGUCCCAUGACAGGGGACAAAAAUGGUGCUGUACUUACUGCGGAGGAGUCAGACCCUGCUGAGAGCAUGGAGUCCCUUGUGUGACUGGACCCCUGAACGGGCAGUUUGUUUGUAAACUUCUGAGACUUGUAAAGACAGAACUUUUUUGAGGCCUUUUUUGCCAGACUCUAGGUUAUACAAUAACCCAGUUACUUUUUUACACUGAUAAAAGUUUUGAUAUUUAUUUUUUGCCAUUUUAUGUCUUAAUGGUAUCCUACUGAGCAUUUGCACCUGUUCAUUUCACACAGUGAAACGCAACUUUACCUAGUUUGCACUAUCUGAUCAGUGUUACUGCCUAUAAUCUAAUACUACAGCGAACCCUGAUGUGACAUUCCAUGACCACAUACAUGCUACUUUUUAGUUCCGUGCAGUGAAGGUCUUUGUUAUGACAGUGAAUCUCAGUUUUAUUAUUAUUCUAAGGGAAUUGCAUUUUCCUAGCAGGCAACACUGUACUUUUCUCAGUCUGCCUCUGUCUUUUAGGCACUGUUCAGUACUUUCUGCCUUCUGUUUCAGUGCAGAGGAUGGGCAUGUUUCCUUUUGCAGGACAGCAGGUUCGUGGGAGCCCCAAAGACAGUCUGUUAACGUCAGCUCCAUUUGUAAUGGUUGAGGAAUCCAUUGAGAAGGAAAGAGGGCUUAAGAGUUGCUUCACAUGGACAUCUUUUAUUAGUUACCAAGUUAUAUUCACAGUUGAAAUGUGUCAAAAUAAAGAAUCAUUCUGUAUUACAUAUUUCACAGUAGCCAUGUGGACAGUGUGUGUUAUUUCUAUUUUGACUCUCUGAAGUAGCUACACCUUAAAAUCAGGAUGGCUCUAUUUUAUAUAAUUUACUUAUGACACCUUUAGUUAAUACCCACUGUAGCUUUUUGGUAAAUAGCACCAUACCACACAGUAGCAACAACAACAGAAAAAAAAAAAUAGGCAUUUAAAUUUAAGUGUAGUCUUUGAAAAGUCCCUACUAACUACUCCUCUAGCAACCUAAGAAAAACUACCUAUAAACAGCAUUUUUUCUUUCUUUUUUUUUUUGCCAAAUGUUUCAUAAUAAAUCUCCUAAUUAUAUAUUCUACUUAAGAUUGAAUUAGAAAUAUAUUUGGGACUAAAUUCCUACAGAUGAGUGGGCCUUAUUGGGAGAAGAAAUAUGGAUCUUACAGAAAGCAUUCAGUUCUUGAAUAAAAUAUGGCUUCUCCAUUUUAGAGUAGGUUUUAAUAGGAGAGUUGUGGGUGUUCACGUGCAAACCACAUCUGUGAAAGACAGUCAUUAGGAAUCCUUAGGAGGCUCCAGCCUCUGGAGCUGCUUUCUGCCCAUAGCACAUAACAGACACACUGGGGGCAUCAUUAAGAACUUUCGUUUGAGUUUAUUUAAAACAAAACAAAAACCACUAAGCUCUUUUCCAGGAUCUGCAUCUUCCUUUUCAUGUUUCCCUUUGAAGGUCAACUUCUGUCAGACUUGAAUUCAUCCCCCAAGAUUGGGCCCAUGAAGAGCAGGGUUUGGUUUACUUUUUGUACCAGUAAGCUUUAUAAUUAGGCCCUGCAGCUGCUGUCACUAUCAGGGCAACAUUGUGGUGCGGACGAGGCUUUGUUCUUGAGUUAUUUGUCUAGAACUAGUGACAGAAGUGCUGGAGAACCAGAGCUGCUGAGGAGAGGCUCACAGGCUGAGUCCAAGGGUUUCAAUGCGUGGGCAAGGCCAGUAGAGUCCCAUAAAAAUAGUCUGUAUACAGUGACCUGAGAGAACACACAGAGAACUGGGAGGCUGGCUUUCAGAAAUGGUGACCAGCUAAGCAGAGUCUCUGAAAGUGUCCGUGCUAAAUGGCCACGAAGCACAUUUGUCAACCCCUCCAGGCCCACCAGAGGUGUCACCUUGUACAAUACAAAGAAGGACUGAGCAUAAGAAACAUGACGGCUCUUAGAGGCUGAGGAGAAUAAUGAAGGGAAAAGUUUCAGAUCUUGGUAAGAGCUAGGGUUUCCUAAUCAAUUAAGCAGAUUCUUUUUGUUAUACACUGAUGUGAUAUUAGCUAAUGCUUUUCAGCUAGAUGCUUGGUGGCUCUGCCAUUCUGAGUUAACACUCAAGUCGGAGUUCAUGGUCUCAAUUUUCUCUUAAUAAAAGUACCAUUGUUUAGAAGACAAAUAGCAAGUAUUACUUUCUGUGCUGUUUACACAGGGUUCCAUUUAUGGAAUUGCAUACUCUCCACAGUUCUGGGACUCUCUUACAUGAACGAGAGAAGCAGGAGGGAAUAAGGAGAGACGUAAGUAGGACAGAAACAUAAGGAGGUUAGAAGCUUUCCGUGGGCAGCCUACAUGUCUACAGCAGGCUUGAGGCAGAGCCUACAGAUCUCUGCCUACUGGACAAAGAGCAGUUACUUUGUGCCCAUUUUGCCAAAGUGGUCCACACACCCUUCACUGAGGAUAGAUACCUUUAGCCAGCUGUCCUCCAUCCUCACGUACACCACAAUAUGUUAUCUACACUAUUCUUUGCUAUUGGCAAAAAUAUUUUGCAUCUUUGCAGAGGCACAGAGUUCCAAAGAUGCUGUUUUCUUUAAGACAUAAGCAAAUGGCUUAAGGACAUAAUAAGGUUAGAACUAUUUACAGGCAAGGGGAAGGAUACAGCCAUUGCUAAAGUUAAGUGCAAGUUCAUGAGAUACACUGUCUGCUUUUAUGACUUUACCUCUAGGGAAAUGAAAUACACAAACCAAACAAAGCAGAAUUUUUAUGUAAUUAGAUCAGGUGGACAGGCUGGAUAUCAGAAACGUAGCAGACACAUCAGAAAAGUUUCUUGUACCUCAAACUGUAAUACCAUCUUUAAUGUUUCAUUUAUGUAUAUAUAUAUAUACAUAUAUAUACAUGUUUCCUUCUGAGUUUCAAGAACAGUACAGUGUAGUUGGUGGAUUUUCCUAAACUUUAUGUGAGUUUUGAGAGCCUGUUUUGAAUAGAGUCCAGCAAGGUCAAAGAAGGUCAUAGUGUUUGAGGUGAAAGAAGGGUUCUGGUGUUCGAGGUCUGGUUGGUGGUUUUCACCCCCAGAGUGACAAUGAAAUUAGUAAAUAACCUUAAUUGUUUUAUAACGACACAGCACAACUGCCUUCUCAUGACUUUUUCUUAAAUGCAUAUAUACUAUAUUUAAAAUUAAAAUAUAGAUACCAAUUUACCAAAGACACACAUUACUAAUUCUAAGCAAAAAAUAAAAUAAAAUAACAAAGAAACCCAAACUCAUCAUAAGAAAAAGUAAUCAAAAUGUAGUUGUCUUAAGGCUUUUGCAAUUAUACUGGAAAAUGCAUUUUUCAACUCCUAUGUUCUAAAUUUUCUGUUCAGGUGGUGCCAGUAAAUUUUUAUAUGAAGGGAAAUGCCUGCUUUUUUUCUUUAGAGCAGUUGUUCAACAUAACCCUUUGCACUUCCCCUUAGUUACCAUUUAACACACAAUAUUGGCAUUAUUUAUCUCUAGAAAGAAGGCAUGGUAAAAAUAUACGAAAUUAUCAUGACAUUUGGCCUCUACUUUUGUCUUAGCUGUUAAAAUGUUUUUAGUAUUUUUGUUAAAUAUUUGCAAAGGGAAGCAUUUUCUACAGAGGAUAAUUAAUUUCAAGAAAAAUAUCUUGAGUUUUAAGAAAUAAACAUCUCCAGAAAAGGAGACAGUCAAUUUUAUAAAAUAUUGUAACUCUCCAACAUUUGGGGUAGUGACUCCUUUUUUGUUAGAACAUUUGAAACUAGCAAGCAGCCAUUGUUUCUAAAGAACCCCACCUUCAUGUUGACUCAUUUCAGUUCAUUUUCAAAUAGCUAAAAUCAUUAAAACUGUAAAUAUUUUGUUGCUUGAGUAAGCAUCUUCUGGGAGCUUUGUAUCUAUGGUAUAUAAUCAUAGAAUUUUAUAUUUUCAUAUAAAGCUAAUUUUUUUCUAGUUUCAACUAUGUCAUAGUUUUUUGUUGUUUUUUUUUUUUUUAAUUUUCUGUGGUGGAUAUGUGAACUUCUGUGUAUUGAAGUAGCGAAAACCAUCUUUGCAUUCCAAAAGAAUCUGUGUUCUUCCUUUGAGGCAGUGAUUGUGAAAGUCGGGCUUUCUUUUUAAUUCCAUUGACCAUUAGUGCAAUAGCAAUUAGACAUGACUAGUCACUGAAUACAUUUGUCACAUUGACCCAUUUUGGAAAAAGUGAUUUUUUUUUUUAAAGAUUUGUUCUGUGGGGGGGAGGGGUUUUAUAACCUGAAAUUUUUCCCUUUUUCCUUCUGUUUAAAUCUAUAUCAAAUCAUUCUACUAUAGUGUUAUUUAAUAUGUAAAUUGUAUUGCUAUACAUAAAAUAAAGUAUGGUUUUUGAUGUA